UUUCCGAAUGUCUCCUUAAUGAAAUGUCAAACGCAAGAAAGAUAGAGAAAUUGUCAAACGUAUAAAUUUUAUUGAUUGAUUACAUUAUUUUUUGUAUACUCUGGCAAAAAUUUUUGUUUACAAAAUUACAAAAAUAAAUAAAUAAUGGCAACAAAUAGUGGAAAAAGUUGCAGCAGCGGCAGUGGUGGUGUGCUAGAAGAACGACGCAUAUGGAUUGGCAAUUUAGAUCCAAGGCUAAGCGAGUAUCAACUCUUGAAAAUUUUGCAAAAAUGCGGUCCUGUCGAAAAGUUUGAUAUGCUCUUUCACAAGAGCGGCCCAUUGGUUGGGCAAUCGCGUGGAUAUGCUUUCGUCACAUUCGGCACGGCUGACGCUGCGUUAAAAGCGCUGGAGAAAUUAAAUGGCACACCUAUAGCGAAUCGGCCGAUAGUGAUACGACUGGCGAAGAAUGUUAAUUACGAUGAACUCAACAAACAGAAACCACGCAUCGAAAUACCUGCAUUAGGCUCCAGCUCACGCGAUGAUAGAAUGAGUAGAGAAGACGCGAUACGCGCAAUAGAGUCGAAAUUACGUGCAUUAGAACGUAAUGGUGAGGAGGAAUUAGAGUUGAACCUUUUAAACUCAGCAAGCAACCAAGUACCAUUUAUACAACGCUAUCAAUUCAACAAAGACCGUGAUACAAGCAGUAGUACCUCAGGCGGGCGCACCUACACAAAGUCAUAUAACUCGGCGCCAUACAACCGACAUCAGCGGCCAAAACGAAGAUAGAAACUAGAAACAACAAGUAGUAGUGUCAAAUUCUGUUUAGUGUUUAUCCUAGAACGUCGAACAAUGUAUCUGGACUUUCAUCAAUUUCAUCAAAUAUUUAUAAUUCUACUCAUAUGCGCGCUAUCCAUACGUAUACUUAUAAAAUAUUGUGUUCAGAGACUUAAGCCAAAUAAAGUGAUUUAUUUGUAAACAUUGUAACUGUA